AUGAGUUCUGGGCAUUCUGCUAAUGAUUUGUAUGAAAUCUCAAAUUACUUGUUACAGGACGCCGUAUAUGCGUCGGAUGAAUUCAGGAUGUUCGGAUUCAAGAUCAAUAAAUGUCCGAAGACGAGGAGCCACGACUGGACGCUCUGCCCAUUUGCCCACCGGGGAGAGAAAGCCUGCCGCCGGGAUCCACGUUACCACAACUACGAUGCGGUUGCAUGCCCGCAUUUCAGGCUUUCCAGUGAAUGCCCUCAAGGCCAGUUAUGCCCACAUGCUCACGGCGUAUUCGAAUACUGGCUCCAUCCUGCCAAGUAUCGGACUAGGGUCUGUAAUGCGGGUAAGUUUUGUACUCGAAUAGUCUGUUUCUUUGCUCACAGUUCAGAUGAGCUCCGACCUGAACCCGAGCCUGAAUCUGAGCCGGAACCUGAAGUACCGGAACUCAGCAACUUCCUCCAGUUCCAGUCAUGCAUGUAUGGGAUCGGAAAACAGACCGGUGGUAACAAUGAGGCGGCGGCGGCGGCGGCGACUGAAGAGGCGGUGGAGUUAGAUUUCCUGGCGAGUCUAAGUGGGUUGAAGCUGGCGGAGGCGGAAGAUAUGCCGUGGAAUGUCAUAAAGAAGAUGAUUGCUGUCGAUGGAUCCAAGGAUCCGGCCUAA